GAAGUGUUUUUUUUCUUCACCGUUUAAUUAGACUUGAGCGAGAAUUUGGGAUCCGAAGUGUCAACACGGAUUUUCUUUGGGAUAAACGGACAGGGCUGGCUGCUAAAACGAUGCCAUACUCCAGGCGGUAUCCGUCCUCGGAGAGGGCCAGCCGCAGCAGCUAUCAAGAUCGCUACAGAGAGCGGGACAGAGACAGAGAUCGAGGAAGAAAACCUCGACAUCGCCGCUCUCCAACCUUCUCCUCUAGCAGUGAACAUGAGAGGAGAGCGAGAGGACACAGACAGGACACUGGCUAUGCCAGAUCCAGGAGCUACGACAACCGUUCUUCAGACCGCAGGCCAUACGACAGACACUACGGCGAAAGCUACCGGCGCCUGGACCACAGCAGGGAACGGGACAGGGAUCGAAACAGGGAUCACCGGACACCAAGCAACUACUACUCUCGCGACGCUUCGCCCAGCUACGACUUCCGUCGGGGACGCGACCGGGACCGCGAGGACUCAUACCGGAGGAAAGGCAGCAGGCGUAAGCACAAACGAAGGCGGCGUAGAACCAGGUCCUAUAGCGCAUCCUCCUCGCGGAGUGACAGCGGGACGAGGGCACUGUGUGUGAGGGACGACGAGGAAGGUCACCUGAUCUGUCGGAGUGGCGACGUCCUGCAAGAGAGAUAUGAGAUUGUCAGCACUUUGGGCGAGGGCACCUUCGGGAGGGUGAUGCAAUGUAUUGAUCAUCGCAGGGGUGGAGCACACGUCGCUCUGAAGAUCAUCAAAAAUGUGGAAAAGUACAAAGAGGCCGCCCGCCUGGAGAUCAACGUACUGGAAAGGAUCAACGAAAAGGAUCCUGAGAAUAAGAAUCUAUGUGUGCAGAUGUUUGACUGGUUUGAUUAUCAUGGCCAUAUGUGCAUCAGUUUCGAACUCUUGGCUCUCAGUACUUUCGAUUUCCUCAAAGAAAACAAUUACCUGCCGUACUCCAUCAACCAAGUCCGUCAUAUGGCCUACCAGGUCUGCCUGGCUGUCAAAUUUUUGCAUGAAAACAAACUGACUCACACAGACCUGAAACCAGAAAACAUCCUAUUUGUGAACUCUGACUACUCAGUCACAUAUAAUGUGGAGAAGAAGCGAGAUGAGCGCACUGUGAAGAACACCGCAGUGAGAGUGGUUGAUUUUGGCAGCGCUACCUUUGACCACGAGCACCACAGCACCAUUGUUUCCACCAGACACUACAGAGCUCCUGAAGUUAUUUUAGAACUGGGUUGGAGUCAGCCGUGUGACGUAUGGAGUUUAGGCUCCAUCCUCUUCGAGUACUACCUCGGCUUCACCCUCUUCCAGACUCAUGAUAAUCGGGAGCAUUUAGCUAUGAUGGAGAGAAUUCUGGGCCCUGUUCCUUCCCGAAUGAUUCGGAAAACUAGGAAACAAAAGUACUUUUAUCGUGGACGCCUGGACUGGGAUGAGAACUCUUCAGCAGGAAGAUACGUCAGAGAAAACUGCAAACCUUUACGGAGAUAUCUUCUGUCUGAAGCUGAGGAGCAUCAUCAGCUGUUCGACCUGAUCGAGGCCAUGCUGGAGUACGAGCCAUCAAAGCGUCUGACUCUCGCCGCAGCUCUCAGGCAUCCAUUUUUCCAGAGUGGCAUCAGCAGCAGUGAACUGAGCGCAGGUAAGAGCUGGGAGGCAAACCGUGACAUCAGCCGGUGACACUGACUCUCUCGUCUUCAACCAAUGCCAAAAAUAAAAAGGACUCGCAUGCAGGCAGGAUUACAUGGAGCUGCACUGACAUUCAUUUUAUAGAGCAAGAGAUAAUAAAGCCAUGAGUUUUCAGUCAUCCUUCCAUAAUGUGAGGACAGCUCCAUGUCAAGAAUGAAAAUGUGAAGAAGAUCCCAGAAAACAGUCAUGACUGAUUGGACAUUGGGGGAUGGGAAUGAGUUUGUUCUUCCAGCCAGUUUGGCCAAUUUUUGGACUUCCACAAGUGGUCUGAUGGUCAAACAGCAUUAACUUAACACUCCAUUUUUGAAAAUAACUGACGAAAUGAGUAUCGCUGUUACAGCUGAGGGAUCAGGGGAUACGUUUUGCGCAUUUUUAGCGAUCAGCUGCAAAUCAAAAAUGCGUUACGACAACGUUUGUAUUCAGUUCACUUAAAACCAAGUAAGCGAGAGCAAGAGCGUCCCUCAGCACACGUUUACAGUAUUUAUUUAGAUAACUAGCAUCUCUUUUUGUGUCUUUGUAUGAAUCGGAUUGUAUAAAUAUGUGUAAAUAUGAAUAAAUAUAUGUUGUGACUAUAGAAUAAAGGGGCUGUCUGUGUGCUUGCUGUGAAUGGGUUUUCACAGAGGUUCUACAGACAAAACGUUUUUACAA